GAGCCCUGCUCCCAGAAUGUUACCACAGAGAUCAUGGGCUGCUUCCAUUCCAACUAUAUUAUCUCAUGAAGCAUUCAGUAAACUGCUGACACCAUGCCCAUUGCCAGGAAUGAAUUUCCUACCAGCAUCUCCACUGGAACGAUUUUUGGGUUGUGUCUAUUUCCGGAGACAUCUACCUCGAGUAAUACAAGGAGAAAGUUCAUUACAGUCUAUUCAGUCCAAUGAACCUGGAGUUAGUGCAUUUAAAGUUGAUAGUUUACAAUUUAGAGUGAGUCUUAAUCCAACCACCUUGCAGUCUCUUCAUAUCAAAGUGACUCCAACUCUGG